CUUUGCUCUCCUCAGUCCAGGCUGCAGCUUCAGACAGGCGGAACCGGGGGCCAGCGGCAGAAGCGCUCCCUUUUGUUAGCAGCUCCAACCGGAUCCAUGCAGGACGGCGCCGUUUUUGGAAAAUGAUCAUCUGUACGAGUAAAAUGGAGUACCCCCUAAUAUCGCAGUGCAAGCGGGUCCAGAAUCAGGGGAUGGUGAACGGUGAGAAGGAGCGCGUGUCCUUGCUGUUUAUGAAGACACUGGUCAGCAGGGGGAGCGUGGACGCCGUGUCGCAGCAGAUGGCGUCCCACCCCCAGUAUCUGGAGAGCUUCCUGCGCACACAGCACUACAUCCUGCACAUGGACGGCCCCCUGCCGCUGCCGUACCGCCAUUACAUCGCCAUCAUGGCGGCGGCCCGUUAUCACUGCAGCUACCUGGUGUGCCUGCACUCGGCCCAGUUCCUGAGGGCCGGCGGGGACCCGCUGUGGUUGCAGAGUCUGGAAGCGGCUCCACCUCGUCUUCGCCUGCUUGACCACAUAAACAAGGUGCUGGCUCACCAGCCCUGGCUCGCUGCCGGCUCCCACAUCCAGUCGCUGCUGAAGGCCGGUGAGCAGUGCUGGUCGCUGGCCGAACUGGUUCAGGCCGUGGUCAUCCUGGCCCACUGCCACUCGCUCUGCAGCUUCGUCUUCGGCUGCGACACGGACUCGGACCUCGCCCACCUCGCCAAAUCUCCCAACGGCACCCCGCCGACCUUCUGCCCCUUCGAUGCUGCCAACGGCAACGCCAAUGUGCCUCAGUCGCUCAGGCAACCCUCCGAACAUAUCACACGGCGACGGUCUUUGGACUCGAGCUGCGACAUGGUUUGCCUGAAGGAGAGGAUCCAGAAGUCCCAGGAGGAGCAGGAGAAGAGAGAGGAGCGUCUCCUGCAGGCGCAGACUCUCCAGCAAACAGAUGUGGAAGACGAGGAGGAGAUGCUGUGCUUCGCCGAUCCGUCACGUUUCAUCACAGACCCCGACUUCUGCUACCAGGAGUUCGCCCGGCGGGACGAGGAUCACCUCCAGGUGCUCAGAGUUCAGGAUUACUCCUGGGAAGUCCACGGCUUCUCCCUGAUCAACAGAUUGUACUCGGACAUCGGUCACCUGCUGGAUGACAGGUUCCGGAGCGUCACGUCGCUCCCGUCGCUGCACAGCUCCGACCUGAAGAGAGCCAUCUGGAAUUACAUCCAUUAUGUGUUAGGAAUACGUUAUGAUGACUAUGACUACGUGGAGGUGAACCAGCUGCUGGAGCGAGACCUGAAGCUGUACAUCAAGGCUGUGGCUUGUUUUCCAGACGUCACUAAAACCCCGGUGUGUCCGCUGAGCUGGACUCUGCUGAAAGCCUCAGAACGGAUACACGUCAACUUGCUGAUCAUGGAGGCCCGGCUGCAGGCGGAGCUUCUUUACGCAAUGAGAGCCAUCACACGGUAUAUGAUCGCCUGAAGCGCUGGUUCCGCCGGCCCGCCGGUACAGAGAGACCCUGAGAGGACGAGGAACGUUGAACUGCAGGCAGCGGUGACGCGAGGCGGGAAGCGGCAGAUUUAACGUGUUUAUUAUGCUCCUCCCCGCCACAUCUCUCACCUUUCUCAGAAAACAUCCUGCCUCUCUAAAGGUUACGUGCAAUUAUUAGUAGUUAUUUUAAAAUUUCCCUGUUGUCUUGUGUUCCAGUUGAGUCUGUGAGAAGCUGCUUGUUUGCAGCGUUGUGUUAUCAGUUGCCAACACUCCUAUUUUUUUCAUUAGACAAGUCUCCUUUUGUAUUAACUAUGCUUUCCCAAAAAAGAAAAAAAAAAAAUGUUUUUUGACGUACAAGGUGAAUGAAUGUUAAUGGGAGAUCAGGGGCUUGUUGUUGAUUUAUUUUUUGACAAUCUUUGUCAAUUUGAAGGAUGUUUUUUGGACUGUGACGCUCCCUGACAUUUCGUAUUGAUGCUGAUCGAGAACAAACAGCCGUGACUGCUGGACGUUAUCACAUCACUAUAGUUUCUUUUAAUAAGCACUUUUUUAAACUUUAUAUAUUUAUAAUGCAAUGUAGCUCAUCAAUAGACAUUAAGACAAAGUGUGUGGGUCCGACACCUUUCCUCUCCUCCUGUUUUUGCGUUUCCGCCCCAGGUUUCUGUAAAGGUACUCGAUUUGAGAUGUUUUUCUUUCUUCCUACUUGCGUUAUGUGGAGCCAGAAGGAAUUUAAAGAUGGUGGACGUUUGCAAACAAACUCCUCUGAGAAGCUGAGCCACUCGGAUCACGCCUAAUAUCGAAUGUUAUUGGCAGCACGUUACAGAAGAGUUUAGUGAAGGAAAAUUUGUGUUUGAGUUGCAUGUUUGGGCUUUUGCAUUUGUACUUUUUCAAGUCUAAUUAGGUUAAAACUCAUCUAAAUUUGAAAAGCAGAAAAUGAGCAAACGUAUCCUUUUUCAGUCUUUGUUUUCUUAUUAUUUUUACAUUUUUCUGUAAAUUUUUGGCGUUACUCCCUUUGUAUUGUUCUGAGUGUGACUGUAGGACCUGCUCGUUGCGCUGCAACCUGAGUAGAAGUAGACGUUUCACAGACUGUAGUUAGACUUAGCAACGUGCAGAAGAAACAAGUGCAUAUCGACUUAAAACAAAGCAAAAGCGCUGUUAUAACACAGGUGCCUUUAGGUUGGAAAAACUGGAGCGCUGCUCAAGAGGAGGGUUGUUACUGCUGGAGGCUGGACCCGGGCAUCGAUCGGCGGCAGAAACGAAUGUUUCUUUUCCCCCCGCAAGAUGGCCGGCGUCAUUUCCGAUGAAUAUUACGCCCAUUUUUUUCACCUUCUGCAAAGUCCCAGCAUCUCAGCAAGAGCCUUUGACACAGAUGGAUGUUAAAAAAAAUGGACAGCUAUAUUUAAAACAAAAAGUACAAAAAAGAGAAUAAGUGCAAAGACAAAAAACAUUUUAAAAAUGUAAACAUGUUUUCUAUAAAAAAAUGUAUCAU